AUGGUGGCCUACUUAUCCAAGGUUAAGAGCGAAUUGUCUGAGUUCGAGUUCAGCUCUGUUGAACAAGUCCCCCGCGAGCAAAAAUCCAAUGUUGAUGCCUUGGUUGGACUUGGUACCACCAAAGAGGCGGAUACACUGAAUGUAGUCAUGGUGGAAUUCUCGGAAAGCCCUAGUAUAAUAGAAAAACCAGUUGAGGUCGGAAUGAUUGUCGUAAAGCCGACUUGGAUGACCCCCAUAGUUGAGUACCUCAUAACCGAAAAGCUACCUGACGAUCGAAAGGAUGUAAGAAAGUUUCUAUAUCAAGUUCUGUGA